AAUGCAAGGGAGAGGCAGUCUGUAUCGAAGCUGUGAAUGUCUGAUGAAUAUCCCUCUGUUUUUUUGCAAACCUCAAGGACUUUAAAAUCCAAAGCUGGUUUUGGUGAAUCACUGCUUCCUGAAGGUGUUAAGAUUUCCAUCAAACUUUCAGUCUGCCCUAUGGCCACGGAUAUAUCACCAUUCUUUCUCCAUAUAUAAUUAUUGUCUGAUUCCACCAGGGACCAUAUCCUACAGCAGUUCAUCCAAGGUUUUCCCACAGCAAUGUUGCCAGAUGUCUUGGAAACUUUAAUAAAAACAGAAAAUGCUGGAAGCAGUUGGCAUGACCAACAGGCCAAACUAUACUUUGCAUCCUAGCCCAGAUGAUUCUUGUAGAUGCUGUCACUCUGAGCAAUUCAAUGACCAGGUCAUUCUGGUCUUCGUGAAACCAUCAGCUGAAAACAGGAUAUGCUAACACUGUAAGAGUCUCAUAAAAAUCAAGAUUUCCAAUUGUAUUCCCAGUGAAAUGAUGUUCUCUGAAAUUCCAGUAUCAUAUUCUCCAUUGAUCCAUUGCAAGUUACAUCAUGUAACCCAGCAGCUGUGAACUAGGCAGUCAGCUCCUGAAGGGAUGUAUCAUAAUACAAGCAGAACUCUUCCAGCUGUAGUAGGUCCAGAAGAUGCAAACGUAUUGUAUAGCGAGCUCCCACCUCUGAUCAUCGUGCCUGGACACACUGGGAACCGUCUGGAGGCGAAGCUGAACAAGCCAGCCUUGGUGCACUGGCUGUGCAUGAUGCACACCAAAAGUUACUUUACGCUGUGGCUCAACCUCAACAUGUUCCUGCCCAUUGGAAUUGACUGCUGGAUAGAUAAUAUCAGACUUGUCUACAACCGGACAACAGGCAGAACUUGCAAUGCACCUGGGGUGGAGACCCGAGUUCCUGGUUUUGGGAAGACCUAUUCGGUAGAAUAUCUGGAUUCACUGAAGCUAACAGGAUAUUUUCACACGUUGGUGCAGUUCUUGGUAAACAUGGGCUACAUUCGUGAUGAGACUGUUCGAGCAGCUCCUUAUGACUGGAGAGUGGCAGCGUAUGAGCAAGAAGAAUAUUUUGACAAACUGAAGAAGCUGAUUGAGGAGAUGCACAUGACCUAUGGGAAGUCUGUUUACCUGCUGGGACACAGUAUGGGGAAUCUCUAUAUCUUACACUUCCUGAGGCAACAGCCUCAGGCAUGGAAAGACAAGUUCAUUCACUCGUUCAUAUCACUAGGAGCCCCGUGGGGUGGCACUGUGAAAUCUCUCGCUGUGCUUGCUUCAGGCGACAAUUAUGGCCUCUCUCUUGAUCCCCUGAAGAUACGGGAGCAGCAACGCACAACAACAACCAACCCAUGGCUGCUUCCCACCAGACGGGCCUGGCCAGCUGACCACAUCUUCAUCUCCACACCCACCUACAACUACACGUACAAUGACUUCAGGAAGUUCUUCACUGAUAUAGGAUAUGAAGACGGCUGGUUCAAAUGGCAAAAUGGAAAAGGUCUUCUAUCUGACUUGCUUCCACCAGGGGUGGACGUUUACUGUAUGUAUGGAGCAGGAGUUCCAACACCAGUGACAUAUAUAUAUGAUGAAGGCUUCCCUUCAAGCCAGCCAGUGCAGAUUGUCUAUGGUGACGGUGACAAUACUGUCAGCAAGAACAGCUUAUCUCUGUGCAGAGAGUGGAAGAACCAGCAAAAGCAGGAAGUUCAUGUUAUAGAAUUGCCUGGCACACUUCAUUUGGACCAGAUUUAUGACAUUAAUGCUUUAGAGGCAAUUCAAGAUGUAUUGUUAAGAAAUUAUUCCCAGCAACAAGAAGAUUCCAGGAAGUAGACGUGUUUUCUCUCAGAGAUAAGUUGCCCUGAUUCAGACACCAGCAGCUUCAGACUGAAAGCAACUUCCCUGAGAGCAUCCAAAGGUCUUUUCAUUGGAAUAACUGCUAGUUUUACUUCCAUCUUGAGUUGUUUACGUACUGAAAUUUUGAAAUUAUUAAAGGUUGUGCCAAUUUAAACGUGGUUGGCAUGACCUAUGCUUUUAUUUCAGAAAUGUAAACCUAGAAAUUAGCCAGAGGUACAGUGACAAAAAAUGCUUAACAAAUUCAUUCUGCUGUCUUCUGUUACCUAUUUAACCCUUUCAAAAUAAAUUAAUGGCACCUCAAAAUUCCAGAGGAAUGUUAAAUUAGAAGAUUAAAAGUUUUUAAUAAUAGCAGCAGUUUUAAUAUCCUGAAAGAUACAGCCUCAGUGAACAGAUAUAAUUCGGAGAUUGACAAUUUGUGUACGAUAACAUUAUAUUUUUAAAGAAAUAAAGGAUUCCUAACUGUGAGAAUCUGUUUGCCUUGCCCACUAUAGUCUCUGCAUAUUGUGCAUAAACACUAUUAGUUCUCUGAACUAUCAAUCCAAACUAUUGGUCUAAACACUAGUUGAUACAUUUUGUAAAAACAUCCAAAGAAAGAUUCAGCUUGUGUCAAUCAACUGGGGAAAGGAGUUUAAAAAGUGUUUCAAUAUGCAACAUAGCAUUUUUAACUGUUUAAUGCUGUAGAUUAUUUUUAAAAGCAAUAUUAUGUGGUAUAUGUAACAUUGGUUAUGAAUUUUAAGGCUGUCAGCCCUUUGUGUCAUGUGACGAGCUUCUCUCCGGGCUCAACAAUGUGUAUAAAAAAUUCAGGUCUGUCUGCGAAGAGCCCUUGAAUAAACUACAGGCACUUUGUUUGA